AUGGAAUGGAAAACUCAAUAUCUUGACGACACCGGAGGAAACUCUGAGAUGAGGGGGUCGGGCUGCGACAUUUACAGCCUGGCCGAGGGUGAGGGAAGAAGAGGGGAGGGGGGGGACGUGACGGGAUACCAGAAGCGGCUCGCACCAUGCACAGCACCCCGCCGCCGGCCUCGAGGACAGCACAGUCUGACCAGAGUGCCGAAAGCGAUUACUGUAGAUGGAAAUGCAACAGAGGCGGACAUGAGACGUGUCGCCGUCGGACAAGAGUUCAGACGAAGUCGCCUCAACAUCAUGGAGAGCCGACAUAAGUAUCUGCACGUGAGCAUUAGCCAUGGGAGGCGCUCCGGCUGA